UGCAGAGGAGGUAUCAGUGAGAGAAGUAGCUAAGCAAGUCAUAUCGCAUUCCCUAAAGGUUGGGAGCAGGCAAGAUGGACAAAUUCUGGACAAAUUCCGGGCUUCUCACUUCUGCUUGGGGAGCCCCUGGAGAUGCAUACCAGGCUGAUAACUUAGUUGGGUUGAAAGGUGGGUUGGAACAGGAGAGAGCCUGUGUUUUUGUUUGCUUGUUUUUAGAAGAGCUUCUUUUCCUAACUGUAUGGAUUCUGGGUCUCAGGGUUGGGGGCAAUCUGAACCCCCCCAAGUCUUCUAGAUAGAAGACUCUCUGGUUUGGGGUCCUUGCUCUUCAGGGAUUGCUUGCUCUGAUGGCCCUGGGAGGAGGUGGGCUCCCUCACUACACAUCUCAUGACUUCAUUAUACCAGCACCUGUAUGUCCCAGGUGACUGUGGCUGGGAACCAGGCACCUAGGGAAUUGUCUCACUGUCAUUAGGAGAUGCUGGCAUUCCAUGGCCCAAGAGGGCUGAUGUCAUCACUCCUGUUUUGCAGAUGAGACAACAGAUUUCUUGGGGGUUAAGUGACUUGUUUAAGGUCAUGGUGGUGGAAACAAACUCAAGUCUAGUUCUUCUUUUUUCUUUUUUUGAAAUGGAGUCUUGCUCGGUCACCCAGGGUGGAGUGCAGUGGCACGAUCUUGGCUCACUGCAACCUCUGCCUCCUGGGUUCAAGCAAUUCUUCUGCAUCAGCCUCCUGAGUAGCUGAGAUUACAGGCUCGAGCCACCGCCCCUGGCUAAUUUUUGUAUUUUUAGUAGAGAAGGAGUUUCACCAUGUUGGUCAGGCUGGUCUCAAACUCCUGACCUUGUGAUCCUCCUGCCUUGGCCUGCCAAAGUGCUGGGAUAACAAGUGUGAGCCACCAUGCCCAGCCAAGUCCAGAUCUUCUAACAAGUGUCGCUGCCCUAAGAGCCCUCUGCUGUUGGGAGCAUUUCCCUUCAGUUCCUUGCUUCUUCCUUCUAAUUCAUCUUGCCAAUUGAAACCAGGCUGAUCUUUCCAAAAUACCCAUUCAUCUUAUCAGAAAACCUACAGUUAUUCUUCCCUGCUACAGAAUACACCCACGGAUGCACCUGAAGGCUUGCUGUUACCUUUGCCAUGUUGUGUUCUGGGAGGGUGGAGGUGGGUGAGGGUCUCCUCCCUCCCCAGCCUGGCAGCUCUUGUUCAUCCCGCCCAUCUCACCUCAUUCCAAGUCCGAUCCAGCCUCCAGGCCCAGUCAGCUCACCUGGAACUCACCUCUAACCUCUUUUGUCAUCCAUGCCGCCCAUAUUUUCUACUUGGUAUUUGUGACAUAGUUACCUUUACAUAUAUGUUUGUUUUACAGUGAUCCUUUCAAAUCUCUGCAAGUCUAGUGAAGUCUUCAGCCCCUGAGGGCAGAGCCAACAGGGUCUAUUUCUUUAUCUGAUGCUACAACCAAUGUAAAUAGAGGGCUGAGGGUAGAGACUGCGACUGCCUUGGGGUAGGUGCCUUUGUUCAGGAGGGAGCUUGAAUGGCGGAGGCUGCACCUGGAGGCCGCACCUGGAGGCCCCAGGAGAGGAGUCAGGUCUUCUCGAUCUGCAGAUGUUUGAGCCUGGGAAUGAAGGAACUGCUGAACUUCUGAAGGAGCGCCCUUGCCCCGACCAACCUUGCAAAUCGGAAAAUGAGAAAUCCAGGGAAGGCCCGGAGUGACGGUGGGGCCCUGGGACUCGAAGCCUGACCGCCUCACGUCGCGCUUUUUGAGUCUCCCCCCAUUCACCUGUAGUUUGGAGGCGGGAGCCCCCCCCAAACACUCCCCGAUCUGGAGCGCUCCCAAAGUCUGCGCGUGCCUGCUGUCACUCUCCGUCUGUGUGCUGAGUUUUCCUGCAGCUUCCUGGGCCUCCUAUCUGCUGAGAAGAAAGCCAAGGUCAUUGCAGUAAUGAAUGCUGUGGAAGAAAACCAGGGUUCUGGGGAGUCUCAGAAGGUGGAGGAGGCCAGCCCUCCUGCUGUGCAGCAGCCCACUGACCCUGCAUCCCCCACUGUGGCCACCACACCAGAGCCCGUGGGGCCUGAUGCUGGGGACAAGAAUGCCACCAAAGCAGGCGAUGAUGAGCCAGAGUACGAGGACGGCCGGGGCUUUGGCAUUGGGGAGCUGGUGUGGGGGAAACUGCGGGGCUUCUCCUGGUGGCCAGGCCGCAUUGUGUCUUGGUGGAUGACGGGCCGGAGCCGAGCAGCUGAAGGCACCCGCUGGGUCAUGUGGUUCGGAGACGGCAAGUUCUCAGUGGUGUGUGUUGAGAAGCUGAUGCCGCUGAGCUCGUUUUGCAGUGCGUUCCACCAGGCCACAUACAACAAGCAGCCCAUGUACCGCAAAGCCAUCUAUGAGGUCCUGCAGGUGGCCAGCAGCCGUGCGGGGAAGCUGUUCCCAGUGUGCCACGACAGCGACGAGAGUGACACUGCCAAGGCUGUGGAGGUGCAGAACAAGCAGAUGAUUGAAUGGGCCCUGGGGGGCUUCCAGCCCUCUGGUCCCAAGGGCCUGGAGCCACCAGAAGAGGAAAAGAAUCCCUACAAAGAAGUGUACACGGACAUGUGGGUAGAACCUGAGGCAGCUGCCUACGCACCACCUCCACCAGCCAAAAAGCCCCGGAAGAGCACAACAGAGAAGCCCAAGGUCAAGGAGAUCAUCGAUGAGCGCACAAGAGAGCGGCUGGUGUACGAGGUGCGGCAGAAGUGCCGGAACAUCGAGGACAUCUGCAUCUCCUGUGGGAGCCUCAACGUCACCCUGGAACACCCCCUCUUCAUUGGAGGAAUGUGCCAAAACUGCAAGAACUGCUUUCUGGAGUGUGCAUACCAGUACGACGACGAUGGCUAUCAGUCCUACUGCACCAUCUGCUGCGGGGGCCGAGAGGUGCUCAUGUGUGGGAACAACAACUGCUGCAGGUGCUUUUGUGUGGAAUGUGUGGACCUCUUGGUGGGGCCGGGGGCUGCCCAGGCAGCCAUUAAGGAAGACCCCUGGAACUGCUACAUGUGUGGGCACAAGGGCACCUACGGGCUGCUGCGGCGGCGAGACGACUGGCCCUCCCGGCUCCAGAUGUUCUUUGCUAAUAACCACGACCAGGAAUUUGACCCUCCAAAGGUUUACCCACCUGUCCCAGCUGAGAAGAGGAAGCCCAUCCGGGUGCUGUCUCUCUUUGAUGGAAUUGCUACAGGGCUCCUGGUGCUGAAGGACUUGGGCAUUCAGGUGGACCGCUACAUUGCCUCGGAGGUGUGUGAGGACUCCAUCACGGUGGGCAUGGUGCGGCACCAGGGGAAGAUCAUGUACGUCGGGGACGUCCGCAGCGUCACACAGAAGCAUAUCCAGGAGUGGGGCCCAUUCGAUCUUGUGAUUGGGGGCAGUCCCUGCAAUGACCUCUCCAUUGUCAACCCUGCUCGCAAGGGCCUCUACGAGGGCACUGGCCGGCUCUUCUUUGAGUUCUACCGCCUCCUGCAUGAUGCGCGGCCCAAGGAGGGAGAUGACCGCCCCUUCUUCUGGCUCUUUGAGAAUGUGGUGGCCAUGGGCGUUAGUGACAAGAGGGACAUCUCGCGAUUUCUCGAGUCCAACCCUGUGAUGAUUGAUGCCAAAGAAGUGUCAGCUGCACACAGGGCCCGCUACUUCUGGGGUAACCUUCCCGGUAUGAACAGGCCGUUGGCAUCCACUGUGAAUGAUAAGCUGGAGCUGCAGGAGUGUCUGGAGCAUGGAAGGAUAGCCAAGUUCAGCAAAGUGAGGACCAUUACUACAAGGUCAAACUCCAUAAAGCAAGGCAAAGACCAGCAUUUCCCCGUCUUCAUGAAUGAGAAAGAGGACAUCCUAUGGUGCACUGAAAUGGAAAGGGUAUUUGGUUUCCCUGUCCACUAUACUGACGUCUCUAACAUGAGCCGCUUGGCGAGGCAGAGACUGCUGGGCCGGUCGUGGAGCGUGCCAGUCAUCCGCCACCUCUUCGCUCCGCUGAAGGAGUAUUUUGCGUGUGUGUAAGGGACAUGGGGGCAAACUGAGGUAGCGACACAAAGUUAAACAAACAAAAAAACACAAAACAUAAUAAAACACCAAGAACGUGAGGAUGGAGAGAAGUAUCAGCACCCAGAAGAGAAAAAGGAAUUUAAAACAAAAACCACAGAGGCGGAAAUACCGGAGGGCUUUGCCUUGCGAAAAGGGUUGGACAUCAUCUCCUGAUUUUUCAAUGUUAUUCUUCAGUCCUAUUUAAAAACAAAACCAAGCUCCCUCCCCUUCCUCCCCCUCCCGCUCCUUUUUUUUUUUUUUUUUUCGGUCAGACCUUUUGUUUUCUACUCUUUUCAGAGGGGUUUUCUGUUUGUUUGGGUUUUGUUUCUUGCUGUGACUGAAACAAGGUUAUUUCAGCAAAAACCAGUAACAAAAAAUAGUAACAAUACCUUGCAGAGGAAAGGUGGGAGAGAGGAAAAAAGGAAAUUCUAUAGAAAUCUAUAUAUUGGGUUUUUUUUUGUUUUGUUUUGUUUUUUACUAUAUAUCUUUUUUUGUCUCUAGCCUGAUCAGAUAGGAGCACAAGCAGGGGACGGACAGAGAGAGACACUCAGGCGGCCGCAUUCCCUCCCAGCCACUGAGCUGUCGUGCCCGCACCAUUCCUGGUCACGCAAAACAGAACCCAGUUAGCAGCAGGGAGACGAGAACACCACACGACACUUUUCUACAGUAUUUCAGGUGCCUACCACACAGGAAACCUUGAAGAAAAUCAGUUUCUAGAAGCCGCUGUUACCUCUUGUUUACAGUUUAUAUAUAUAUGAUAGAUUAUGAGAUAUAUAUAUAAAAGGUACUGUUAACUACUGUACAACCCGACUUCACAAUGGUGCUUUCAAACAGCGAGAUGAGUAAAAACAUCAGCUUCCACGUGGCCUUCUGCGCAAAGGGUUUCACCAAGGAUGGAGGAAGGGAGACAGCUUGCAGAUGGCGCAUUCUCACGGUGGGCUUUUCCCCUUGGUUUGCCACAGAGUGAAGGAGGAGAACCUGGGAGCCGUGUUCUCCCAUUUCUCCCUGCCAAAAAGGGGGUUAGAUGAGGUGGUCGGGACCGUGGACAGCUGAGAGUGGGAUUCAUCCAGACUCAUGCAAUAACCUUUUGAUUUUUUUCUAAAAGGAGACUCCCUCGGCAACCUGGCAGGGUAUGGAGUCUUCAGGCCCAAUUUCUCACUUUAGCCGAUUCGAGGGCUCCUUGUGGUGGGAUCAGAACUAAUCCAGAGUGUGGGAAAGUGACAGUCAAAACCCCACCUGGAGCAAAUAAAAAAACAUACAAAACGUA